UUCUCUUUGAAACUGAACUCUUCUUCCGGCUUGGCGUCAGAAGUCUUCUUCCAGAAAUGUGUUCAAUUAAUAUUAGAAAGAUUAGUUUAAAACCUACUAAAAUCUAACAGAAAUUAUGUUCAAUUGCAUUGCUUGGUCUUAAGACUAAAAUGACAACUAAAAAUUUUGCCAACCGGGGUAAAUGUCUAAUAGCCUUAUUAUUUCUCUUUGACAACAAUGUCACAUGGGCUCUGAAGUUUGAAUCCGAUUGCAGAAAUAACCUGUUCACUUGUGGGAUCUUGGUGCCGAAACAGUUCGGAAAACAACUCUUGCACGUGUACUAUACUGGAAUGUCAGAAUCAGCUUGUCAUUACAAGGCAUCAAUGAUCAAGGCUGACUCUUAUAUGUAUUGUGCCGAAGGUAAUUUCUGCGGACUGAUUUUGAGCAAAACUGAUGCUACUCACUUCAAGAUAGAAGACUUUGACAAUGUGAAGAUGUGUCAAGUGUAUGGGAGGUCGGAGGAAAAAUGCAAAGACGUGGCUGGCCACAUAAUCCUGACAGGUGGAUUACAGUGUCCCAAUGUCGACAGCCUAUGUCACUGGACCCAGAAUUGCGAUGACUCAGUCAUCGGCGGAUUCCAGUGUCGAUGCGAACCAAAUAAGCCCGACCUGACCGAAAUGAAAGGCGCUUGUUUGAAUCCAGACAUGUGGAGGGUCACAGGACCGAACAGCUUAGGGUUCAAAGCUGUCCACCUUGCCAGCGAAAAAAUGACAUAUGAAGAAGCGAAAGAGUAUUGCGAAGGAAUGAGAGGUGUUUUGCCGAACUAUUCCACUCGAGAAGUGGAACAGGCAGUGAAUACAAUCCCAACUUCCGAGAUAUAUACUGGAUGGUACUGGCUCGCUUUCUCCGAUUCAGUAGAGGAGGGAAGGUGGGUGGACCAGCUCACUGGCAGAGAGGUGAACUUGACUAACUGGGGUCAAGGCGAGCCUAACGGCCUCGAACUUGAAAACCAUGUAGGCUAUGUGGCGAGUCCCGCUUAUAACCAAUUCUUUCUGUUCCAGAUCCUCGAUGCUGCGAAAGAGCAUCAUCUUAUGAACGUUAUUUGUUAUAUGAUGUGA